AUGUCUCAACAGCAUCAGCCGUCAUUCCCGCCCCCCUCCACAGGCAUCCCCGUUCCAUUGCCUGCAGAAUCCUCUGUCUGGGACCGCAUAUCGACCUGGGUUUCCGAGAACAAAGCCGUUGUCUAUACAAUUGCUGGCGUCACAGUGGUCGUCGCCGGCGCUACGGUCUACUAUUACACAUCCGACAACUCGAAGCCAAAAGCAGAUGCGCAGCCAAAACUUAGCAAGAAGGAGAGGAGGAAGCGCAAGGAAGCCGAGAAGAAAGCAGAGGCCCAGAAGAAUGCUGCUGCGUCGAGAGAGGCACCCGCUGCUUCGAAAGCACCCGCCGUCGACAGCGCCGACGAGAUCCCUGAGAUAACUGAGGCUACCGUCCAGGCCAUGUCGCUCGACGAUCGUAAACACUGGGCUGUCAAGCUGAAGGAGGUUGGCAACCAUGCGUAUGGAUCCAAGGACUUCAACAACGCCAUCGACCUCUACUCGAAAGCCAUUCUUUGCAAGCCUGAAGCUGUCUACUACUCCAACCGUGCAGCUUGCUAUAAUGCUCUUGCCGACUGGGACAAAGUCGUCGAGGAUACCACGGCUGCCAUCACCCUGGACCCCGAGUACGUCAAGGCCAUGAACCGACGGGCCAAUGCCUACGACAAGCUCGGCAAGUACUCCGAAUCUUUGCUCGACUACACGGCCAGCUGUAUCAUCGAUGGUUUCAAGAACGCUUCGAGCGCAGAGGCCGUCGAGAGGCUUCUGAAGAAGUUCGCUGAAUCCAAAGCCAAGGAGAUCAUGGCAAACAAGCCUAGCAAGCUGCCCAGCCCUACUUUCGUCAGCAACUAUCUCCAGAGCUUCCGCUCCAAGGACCGACCCGAGGGUCUGGAAGAUUCCGUCGAGAUUCCAGCCGACACGGGCAAGGGACAGCUGCAACUAGGCCUGCGAGCCAUGGAGUCCAAGACAGGCGAGGGUUAUGAGGAGGCUGCGGCGGCUUUUGACAAGGCCAUCGAGCUGAAUGAUCUCGGCUCGCUCGAGGCCUUCGCGUACAACAUGCGGGGAACGUUCACAUGCCUCCGCGGGAAGCACGAGCAGGCUCUGGUUGACCUGACCAAGAGCGUCGAGUUGGAUCCAUCCAUGACACAAAGCUACAUUAAGCGAGCUAGUAUGAGUCUUGAACUUGGAGAUCCUGAAAAGGCCGAGGAAGACUUUGAGCUCGCCAUGAAGCAGAACGCCGACGAUCCUGAUAUCUACUACCACCGAGCGCAGCUGCAUUUUAUCAAAGGCGAGUUCGCAGAGGCGGCAAAGGACUAUCAGAAGUCCAUUGACCUCGACCCGGAAUUCAUUUUCUCUCACAUCCAGCUUGGAGUGACACAGUACAAGAUGGGAUCGAUCGCUUCUAGCAUGGCGACCUUCCGACGUUGUAUGAAGAACUUUGACAAGGUGCCGGAUGUGUACAACUACUACGGAGAGCUCCUCCUGGACCAGGGCAAGUACCAAGAGGCCAUCGAGAAGUUUGAGUCGGCGAUCGAGAUGGAGAAGCAGGAGAAGCCUACGAGCAUGAAUGUGCUCCCUCUCAUCAACAAGGCCCUUGCUAUCUUCCAAGAGAAGUCAGACUUCGCCGAGGCCGAGAGGCUGUGCCAAAAGGCACUGAUCAUCGACCCUGAGUGCGAUAUUGCUGUCGCCACGAUGGCCCAGCUCCUCCUGCAGCAGGGCAAGGUCACAGAAGCGCUCAAAUACUUUGAGCGGGCGGCGGACCUUGCGCGCACGGAAGGCGAGCUGGUGAACGCGCUUUCCUAUGCAGAGGCCACGAGGACGCAGAUCCAGGUCCAGGAGAAAUACCCAGCCCUGGCCGCAAAGCUGCAGGCCGCUGGGCCCGGCCUCCGAUAG